AUAAAAGUUGAGAAAAAUACACGAGUUUUGUGAAUUUAUUCGGCUCGCUGACGAUGACGGGAUUAAAAAUGAUGAGGUCCGGCCGCGAUUAUAUCGGCUGGUAUACUUAUUUCGGGAUACUUAUUUCAACUACUCUGGUGAUAACUUCAUCGAUCGCGACGACCAACGAUAACGAGCAGCAUCUUCGCCAACGUUACGAGCGCUUUAAUUCUUCGUACCGCAACGAAUGCCCGCACAAGUGCAUGUGCUUCGGUACUUCGGUCAGAUGUAUGUUUCAAAAACUCAAUCGAAUACCUAGGAUACCUCUCAAUACUACAGUACUGGAUUUGAGAUUCAACAAGAUUGGGGAAAUACGAGCGGGUUCGUUCGUUGGCCUCGGAAAACUGGAUACUCUUCUGUUGAACGACAAUGAGAUACGAAGCUUACGAAGGAAUACAUUCGCGGAUUUGACGAAUCUUCGUAUAUUGUAUUUAUACAAAAAUCGUAUCGAGAGAAUAUCACCGGAUGCAUUCGAUAAUUUGGUAAAUCUGGAACAAUUGUAUCUUCAUCAGAAUCGUUUGUCGGAGAUUGAAAAAGGAACGUUCAAAAAUUUAAGACGUCUGGAGCGUUUGUUUUUGCACGAUAACAAAUUGCGUCGAGUGCCCGACGAUGCGUUUGAAAAUGUUGGACCAAUGACGAGACUGCGAUUGGACAGCAACGCGCUCGUCUGCGACUGCGAUCUCGUCUGGCUCGUCGAACGUUUGAGAGAGAAGCCACCUCGAGAAACGACGGCCGUUUGCGAAUCGCCGCCCGAAAUGCGGGGACGCUCCCUUGACGCCAUGACGAGUUUCGAUUUUCACUGCGAGGUGCCGAGAAUAACGGAAGGCCCGGAGGACGUUGAAGCGCGGAUCGGAGAAACGGCCGAGUUUUCUUGUCGAGUAGCUGGAAAUCCGAAACCGCGUAUAAAGUGGAUGAAAAAUUCGGAGGAAUUGGUGAACGCCGACGAGAAUAAGGAGAAGCGUUACGCGUUACGGGAGGAAGGUACGAUUCUCGUGAUAAAUGAAAUUAGGGAAAGCGACCAAGGGGAAUACGAAUGCAUAGCGGAGAGUAAAAUGGGAACGAGCGUCUCGAGGAAAGCUCGGGCUAUCGUAACGUUCGCCGGUCCUUCGAUUCGUUUCACCGAGAUACCAGAGUCGCGGAGCGUAAAAUCGGGAGAACGAGUCUCGCUGUACUGCAAAGCGGAUGGUCGUCCGAUCCCGGAAUUACAAUGGUGGCGUAACGGGAUACGAAUUAUCGGAUCAACCGGUGGCAGAUUUAAAUUGAUAAACGAUGAGGAUAACGGCUCAAAGUUGGUUAUAUCGGAUACGAAAGUCGGGGACUCGGCCCGUUACGUGUGCCAGGCACGAAAUAUAAAUGGUUAUGGCGAAGUAAGCGCGGAUAUCCGUGUAUCGGAGGGUGAUACGAGCGCGCCGCGUUUGACUUACGAGCCACCGGAUUAUUUGGAAGCGGAGCCGGGUUCGUCGGUCGAAAUACCUUGCCGCGGGGAUGGUAAGCCGAGACCGGCGAUAAAAUGGAAAAAAGAUGGUAGCGCUUUGUUGGGGGCGGAGCAGGAGGAGGCGGCGGGUGGCGGGAUCGGCGGGAUCGGCGGGAUCAACGGCAACAACGAGAAAUAUAAAAUAUCGAGAGCCGGAAGUUUGUACAUAUUUAACGUGAGCACGUCGGAGGGCGGGCGUUACGAGUGUACCGCGAGCAACGCGUAUGGUCGGGCCUCCGCUCAGACUCUGUUGAAGAUUCGUCAAAUAUUCGGUACGAGGGAUAUUUUGGUAAUGCGAGCGUUUCAAGAUGCCGAAGCGAGCAUCGAUAGGGCGAUAAAUGAAACGAUCGCAUCGUUGUUCGGUGAAAGAGGAGGAGGAGCCGCCGCCGAGGGUGGUAAACCACCCUUCGAUCCGUUCAAAUUGGCGAGAUAUCCGAACGCGGCUGCGAGAGCGGCCGCCCGACCGGCCGAAAUAUUCGAGCGUACUCUCGUUAAUAUAAGACGUUACGUGGAACGGGGUAUCCCCGCGAGCAACGUAAACUCGAGUUUCGAUUACAGGGAAGCGUUGAGCACGGAGGAGGUUGCCGAAAUAGAGAGGCUCUCGGGAUGCACCGGACACCGUACCGGGGCCAGGCCAUUGAAUUGCGGCAACGUUUGUCAUCACGGUAAAUAUCGUAGCAUCGACGGUUCUUGCAACAAUAGAGAGCAUCAAACGUGGGGCUCGUCUUAUACCGCAUUUCGAAGAAUAUUACCGGCGAUAUACGAAAACGGUUUGUCACAGCCGGUCGGCUGGCAAAAGGGCAGGCUCUAUUAUGGAUUUCCGAAACCGGCGGCACGGCUCGUAUCCUCAAAUCUCAUCUCGACCGAUACGAUUACGUCCGACGAUUCGAUAACUCACAUGACGAUGCAAUGGGGACAAUUCUUGGAUCACGAUCUCGAUCACGCUUUACCCUCGAUAUCGAGCGAGUCGUGGGACGGUAUAGAUUGCAAAAAAUCUUGCGACAACGCCGCCCCCUGUUUUCCAAUGGAGGUACCGCCGGGCGAUUCGCGAAUAACGAAUCGGCGAUGCAUCGACUUUGUCCGAACGAGCGCGGUUUGCGGCUCCGGAAUUACGAGCGUCCUUUGGGGCGAGGGUCUCGCACCGCGCGAGCAAAUGAAUCAACUUACGAGUUAUCUCGACGCCUCUCAGGUAUACGGUUACAACGACGAGCUCGCCCGUGAUCUUCGACAAAUUGGUAUUCCCGGUGUUAUCGAGGAUCGGGGACUUCUCAGGGAAGGGCCGGCUCUACCGGGACGGAAACCGAUGCUCCCUUACGCGCUUCCAGGACAAUUUGUCGAUUGCCGAAGAAAUCACCUCGAGAGCUCGAUAAAUUGUUUCCUCGCGGGCGAUAUCCGUGCCAACGAGCAAGUUGGACUGCUCGCUAUGCAUACCCUAUGGUUGCGGGAGCACAACAGGAUCGCCCGUCAUCUUGCACGGGCGAAUCCUCUGUGGAAGGGCGAAAAGAUUUAUCAGGAGGCUCGUAAAAUAGUCGGGGCUGAGAUGCAGGUUAUCACUUACGAGCACUGGCUGCCGCGAAUAUUCGGACGGAGCGUCGUCGAAUUGAUCGGUAAAUACGCCGGAUACGAUCCUCGGAUUGAUCCAAGAAUCUCAAAUGUUUUCGCUACGGCGGCGUUGCGCUUUGGGCAUUCUCUCAUUCAACCGGAGCUCCAGCGUCUCAACGAAAAUCUCACCGACAUACCUCAGGGUCCUCUACCCCUUAGGGAUGCCUUUUUUGCUCCUUGGAGGCUCGUCGACGAGGGCGGUAUCGAUCCUCUUUUGCGGGGCAUGUUUUUAACACCGGCGAAAUUGAAGCGUCCGGAGGAGAAUCUAAAUCGCGAAUUGACCGAACAAUUGUUCCGUACCGCUCACGCGGUAGCUCUCGAUCUUGCCGCAAUGAAUAUUCAACGAUCCCGUGAUCACGCCAUUCCCGGCUAUACCGAAUGGCGAAAAUUUUGUAACUUGAGCGUUCCUAGAAAUUUUGACGAUUUGGCCGAUGAUAUAUCCAAUAGUCGGGUCCGUGACAAGCUUCGGGAGCUGUACGGGCAUCCGGGUAACGUCGACGUUUGGGUAGGAGGCAUUCUCGAGGAUCAGAUGCCUCGCUCCAAAGUCGGCCCUCUUUUUCACUGUUUGCUCCUCGAACAAUUUCGUCGGACUCGCGACGGUGAUCGUUUUUGGUACGAGAAUCCGAGCGUCUUCAAACCCGAACAACUCGAACAAAUAAAACGCACCAGUCUCGCGAGUAUUCUGUGUCUCAACGGCGACAAUAUAACGAGAGUACAAAAAGAUGUUUUCCUAAUGUCCGCGGGCUCGCUACUUCCGUGUCACCAAAUACCCCAUAUAGAUUUGGAUCUCUGGUCCGAUUGUUGCGAGAAUUGCGAGGCGGCGGCCGCUACAACAGCCCCCGUAACCGCCCCCACUGACGCCUUUUCCGAUUUCGAAAACGCCAUUCCCCGGACUCGUCGCAAUUCCGACAUCGAUCUUUCGCAAUCAGCGUCGUUGUCCUCGCCCGAGAUCGAAGCUCUCGUUGAUCGUAUGGACCGAGAAGUGAAAAAUCUCAAGCUCCAAACUCGUCGGUUGUCUCACCAAAUUCUUCGACUGAAACGGUUCCUCUCAACAAACUCCUCCUCCUCCUCCUCCUCCUCCUCCUCCUCCACCACCACGAGGCACCGUUCAAACGAUUCAUUUUUUCACAUCCUAUAAACACAUUAUCCUCUUCGAUCAAUUAUUAUUAUUCAUACUUUAUUCCCCUUCUUUAUUUACACGAUUACACGUAAAAAAGUUUUUACGUUUUAUACAGCUAUUAUUUUUAUCUCUCAUCCUGUUGUAAAUAAAAUGUACGCGCAACGCGAUGUUAA